AUGUCUUCUCAAGUUGCGCCCCAAUCAUUUCUCGGCAUAGAAGGCUGCCAUGUAUUUGUGACGGGUGCCUCUGGUGGUGUUGGCGGAGCCGCGGUCAAAGAGUUCCUUGCGAAUGGCUGCCAGGUCACUUCCUUUGAUAGGAAGCCCUUGAAUGUCGAGGCGCUGUUCCUCUCGGAUGAACAAAAGACUAGGCUUAGGCAUGUGCUAGGUGACAUGAAGGAUGAGUCCUCCAUCGCACAAGCCUUUCAAGAAGCCUGUAAGAGAUUUGGCCCAGUCCAGAUUCUUGUUGCCAACGCCGGCAUCACCGACGAAAGUAGCCAUCCUCCCAUCUGGGACCUCGAAACUGAAAAGUGGGAUGAAGUGUAUUUAGUCAAUGUCCGAGGGACUUUCUUGACGAUCAAGCAUUUCCUGCGACAGGUCAAGCAAGCCCAGGAAACGUCCGGCUGCGAGCUGGACAAUGUCGCUAUCGUGGUGACGGGCUCUGAAACUGGCGUCUUUGGUCAAGCUGGUCACGCCGAGUAUGCAUCCGGCAAGGCGGCCCUGCAGUAUGGACUUGUCAAGACAGUCAAGAACGAGAUUGUGAGACUCAACUCGAAAGCUCGCAUCAAUGCCGUCGCACCAGGCUGGAUCAAUACUGCAUUGAUCGGAGACCGACUAGACGACCCAAAGGAGAGAUGGGCAGAGGCUGAGGCAACAGUGGCUCUGCGCAAGAUUGCUGAGCCCAGCGACGCAGCGCGAUGUAUGGCAUUCUUGGCAUCUCACCGAACGGCUGGACACAUCACAGGCCAAUGCGUAUCGGUAGAUGGAGGCCAAGAAGGGCGCCUAUUGUGGAGAGAACCUCAGGAUGAUGUCCAGUCCAAGGCCGCCAAUGAGGCUUCUAUCCAUCAAGAAUCCCGACUUCCGGCCUCAACAGUUUCUGAUAAGCGGCGCAGAUUGAGGAUAUGUCUCUCUGUUGACUUCGAUGCGGUUUCAGGGCUGAUUGGAACCGGCCAUGUACCUGAAAAUAAUCUCGCGGACUAUUCGGCUGGACACUUUGGUGGAAACGUCGGCGUUGAAAGACUACUGAAGGUAUUCAAAAAGCAUGGUAUCGCACAAAAUAUCACCUGGUUCAUACCAGGUCACUCGAUGGAAAGUUACCCCGAACGGACUCGAGCCAUCGUCGAAAGCGGUGCAGAAAUUGGCCUCCACGGAUACAGCCACGAGGGUGCAUACUCUAUGUCCGAACAACAAGAACGGGACGUGAUGAUGAAAUGCAUCGAGCUGGCCAGCACACUGUGCCAGGGCAGGAAACCGGUCGGGUAUCGUGCUCCGUUAUACCAAAUAAGGGAGUCAACAGUUCAUCUGCUGAAAGAGCUUGGAUUUAUGUACGACGCCAGUCUCAACUCUCACGACAGUCUUCCUUAUUUUCUUACCGAAACCCUCGUCGAAGGUAGCCCAGCGAUUCCGGACUAUAGCCAACCUGCAAGCACGUGGAUGAAGCCUUUAACGUUCACAGAGCAGAUAAAGCCGGGAUCGCAGGCUGCGAAAACAUCUUUGGUAGAGAUUCCCGGUAGUUGGUACACCGAAGAUGCGACGCCUCUAUGUUAUUAUCCGCACUCCUCAGCUACCCAGGGCUACGUGAGUACAGACGUAGUAGAGAAGAUGUGGAUGGAUCGAUGCGAAUGGUUGUGGGAAAAUGAAAGCUUUUUGGAAGAGGGCCCCGGAGUCGGAUAUGGAUCCGUCUUCCCAGUCAUUCUUCACCCUGAAUGUGCUGGGAGGAGCCACGUUAUCGGCAUGCUUGAUCGGUUCAUUUCCAAUCUCAAAGCAAAGGCGGACGGUGCUGCCAAAGGAGAGAUUACUUUUGAAGUGAUGAGUUCUGUAGCACAGGCUUGGAAGGCAAGGGAGGCCAUACUGUAG